AUGAUACACUCAGACAAGCAGCUGGAUGCAGGCUUAGUUAACAAAGGCGAAAGAGACACAGAAGUAUCUCAGAACGUAGCUACACAGUUUUCUGUUUUGUACGGAAAACUAGAGGAGAUGAUAAAGGAAAGAGAGGAGAAAGAGCAGAUACGCAUGGACAGACUGCUGAAGACAGUCUCAGAACAGCUGAACAAAAACGUAGCUGUUUUAUUUGAAAGCAUCAUACAGAGAGAAGUGCGAGUCCACCUGCUCCAGAAGAUUGAAAAAAUAUUAGCGUUCAAAAUAGAUCAAAAAAUGCACGAAAUAGCAAACAUGUGCAACAGCACCAUUAUGUCAUCGAUCGAAGGGAAGGCGCUGAACCAGGCGAUAAACCGGUCACUGAAGAGCGCAGUGGUGGAGGGGAUAGUGCCCAUAAUCGAGAAUGGAAUGAACGAGAUACGGCUGCAGGUCAUUGGAAAGAUGCAGGCGAUUCCAAUGGGGAUGGAAAGACUAGACGAUGACCUGUCAGAAAGCAAAGAUGAAACACUCGACCAUAUAGCAGACACUCUGAAGGACUACAACCACAUAGAAGAGGAUCCCACUGAGAUGAUAAUACACCUGCUGGAGACAGACAUUGCAGAGUGCUUCUCCUAUGUAUUGGAGUCAAAUGAUCCCGAGGCAUUUUUGUUCCUCCUCGACAAGCUGCCCCCUGAUGCUGAGAUAGAUCUAGAGAAUGAUCUUCUGGUGAUGUUCAUCCAGCAGAUGGUUUCUUUUGUGGGGAAGCGGUGGAAGAAAGAGACAAUGCGCAAAAAGUACACAAUAUUCCUCGGAAAUGCCCUGUCGCAUCUCCAGAAAGGCAGACUGCAGUUUGAAGACGCAGAAAAAAUCAAGCAAAGUCUCUCCGAGCUCUUCAAGGCAUGCCCUGCAUUUGGAAACACACAGGACGAAAAAUGGAUGCUUGAUCUCAUACAAAACAUGGAGCUGUAUUAG